CGAUCACACUACCUGGCACAAUGCAAUUAACAAUACCCUUAAAGCAAUUAAAAACUCUAAAAAUGAUUCUAAAACACUAAGCACCAAAAGUAUCGGACAGGAUUAUGGUCUUCCGGAAGCCACCCUUAGGCGUGCGAUAAAAAACAAUAGUUCUUUCAUUCGUCCGGGCCGUGCUAAAAUCCUAACCGAUCAUAAGAAGGAGCAGCUUGUCGGUUACUGCUUGAACAUGCAGAGACUUGGCUUUGGGUUAACUAAAUCUGGUGUAAACCAGUGUGUUAUGGAUAUCAUUCGUAGAGACAGGCGAUCUUAUCCUUUUAGUAAGAACAGGCUGGGGCAAAAGUGGUGGAAGCGCUUCAUGAACGACCACCCUGAGCUUUCAUUUCGCAUUCCACAAGCCCUGAAUGAAGCACACGUCCAAAAAGCAAAUCCCGUUAUUGUCAAAGAUCAUUUUGACAAACUUCAAAAAAUCAUUCUUGAAUAUUCACUUAUCGCCGACCAAAUUUGGAACAUG